CACACAUCCAUCUCCAACAAAUGAGGAAACGAUCAAAUCCCAAGAGGAUUUGUCUAUAAAGAGCACGGAACUAGUCUACACACUGGAGAUGGGGUCUGGACAGAGGACCGAACGCUCGUUCCUCGUCUCAAAUGGAGAGAUUAUAAUAUAAUUUGGAAACAUUUAUGUUGACUCUCUAAAACGAUUUUGAAAGCACAGAGCUGUAUGAAGAGGAGGGAGGACCAUGUCUGAAAAGAAAUCCCAGAGUUCAGACACCCGUUCCAAAUGUGGCAUCCGCAGCUGGAGUGCAGACAGCUACGUGUGGAGUAGCAAGAAACGCUCCCGGAGUUCCCGGAACAACCCUGGCCUUUGGGGUCCGGAGGGGGAGGGGCCGAUGGAUGAGCAGGGGGUGCGUUCCACCUCGUGUCCGUGGAGACAGCGAGAGAGGAAGUGUAGCUGCACCGUCUUGGGGGAAAUCGACACGGACGUCCCCUGUCGAAAAGCCCUUUCUCGACGCUCCCUCCGGCAGAAGUUCCAGGAUGCGGUGGGUCAGUGUUUCCCUCUCCGCAACGGCCACCACCACCAUCACCACCACGGCCACCCAACAGGGGCCUCCAGGGGGGCUUUCUCUGUGCUCCUCUGGUCCAAGCGCAAGAUCCACGUCUCGGAGCUCAUGCAGGACAAGUGUCCCUUCUCACCCAAGUCGGAGCUGGCCCACUGCUGGCACCUCAUCAAGAAGCACGCCACCCACCCCAGCACCAUCGUGGGUCUAGAGACUGCCCAAGCUGCUCAGGCUUCCCGGGCUGCCAGCACAGAACAAUUCCCUUCCACAUCUCCGCCUUCGAUGCCUCUUUCCUGGGAGGGCAUCUGCUCAAGUAGGCCCCUGAGCCUUGAGGACUGGGACCCGUCCUGUCCACAAGGUGGAGCAGCCCAUGGUGACAGCCAUACCGACUACAUCCUUGUCCCGGACCUCCUCCAGAUCAACAACAGCCCGUGUUACUGGGGCGUGCUUGACCGCUUCGAAGCCGAGGAGCUCCUGGAGGGCCAGCCAGAGGGCACCUUCCUCCUGCGCGACUCGGCCCAGGACGAAUUCCUCUUCUCAGUCAGCUUCCGCCGCUACAGCCGCUCCCUCCAUGCACGCAUUGAGCAGAACGGCAAGCGCUUCAGCUUCGACGGACGCGACCCGUGCAUGUACCGGGACCCGAGUGUCACGGGCCUGCUCCGGCACUACAGCGACCCGGCCACAUGCCUUUUCUUCGAGCCCCUCCUUGCUCUCCCCCUGCCCCGGACUUUCCCCUUCACCCUGCAGCACCUGUGCCGCGCCGUGAUUUGUAGCUGCACUACAUACCAGGGCAUUGAGAUCCUUCCACUGCCCUAUCAGCUCAGGGACUAUCUUAGCCAGUACCACUACAAGUGCAAUGGGGCUUGUGCAGUAUAGAACAAUUAUAAUUACUGACUAUCAUUAUUGUUCCAUGGGUUACUACUCUUCCAUAUUGACCAUGGUUUAUCAGUUUUCAGAGACUUGUGAAGAGCCUGACUGCAAGAUGGGUGCUUUGUAGACUUUUUUAUUUCCUUGUGGGAAAGUUUGAUCGGACACACAAGAGACUUGAAUGAUGUGCCCGUUAUGAGCUGUCAAAGUUUUGGCUGAACAAACUGGAAACAGGGACCAAUAAAGGAUUCUGUAUGAUACUGUAGUUUAGGGGAAAAGAGAGAGAGGGAGAGUGAGAGAGAAAGAUACCCACUGGGCACAGAUGUCAAUUUUAUGGCAAUUCUACAUUGGUUCAACAUAAUUUAGUUGAAAUGACAUGGAAACAACAUUGAUUCAACCAGUGUGUGCCCAGUGGGGGAGGGAGAUUUAGAUGAUUUGAAUGAAUGUCACAGUGAAUGAUUGCAGUAUUACAGAAGCUAUGAGGAAGUGCGCAUCUGGUUUAAAAACGAUCUCAUCUGGACAAAUGUAACGUCCCAAUACAAUAAUCAUUGCCUCCCCUAUUGCCUUCUUACAGUAACUAAAUGAGCGAUAACACUCAGAAACACUUUUAGUAUGUACAUUUACACAUUUAAUGCAAUAUGUGAGGACAGUUUAAAAGUGGUUACAUGGCCGUCCAACACAUAGUCCUUGUUUUUAUACAGAACUUUUUCGGAUGUUCAGUCUCGUAACUAGAGGAUGCAGAGGGCUGCAGUCUUAUCUGAGGCCACAAGAUGGCAAUAUAAAUGCACUAUUCACACUCAUGGUAUGUUUACAGAUGCAUCACAAGUGGGUUUGUCUUGGUAGACACAACAUUUCAUGUUUUUUUUCAGUCCCAGCAAAGUACAUACAGUGCCUUCAGAAAGUAUUCAUACCCCUUGACUUUUUCUGCAUUUUG